UGAGUCAGCUGAUUGGGCAGACGACAGCCACCCCCCGACGAGGCAAUACUAUGGCCGCCACGCUCCGUCAAACUCCACUCACCUGUAGCGGCCACACAAGACCUGUGGUUCAUCUAGCCUUCUCGAAACUCUGCACGGAUGGCUAUUUUCUCAUCUCCGCCUCGAAAGAUGGAAAGCCUAUGCUCCGGCAGGGCAACACUGGCGACUGGAUAGGGACGUUUGAGGGGCACAAAGGGGCUGUGUGGGGGGUGGCCCUCAACAACGAUGCUUCCCGCGCAGCUACAGCAGCUGCAGACUUCUCUGCCAAGGUCUGGGAUGCUGUUGCCGGGGAGGAACUGCACACCUUCUCUCACUCCCACAUUGUCAAGACUGUCGACUUCUCCUCUGACUCCACUGAGCUCCUCACUGGUUCCAACGAGAAGCUCCUCAAGAUCUUUGACCUGGGAAAACCAGAAGCCGAGCCUCAGGUGUUUUCGGGGCACACUGGAGGGCUGAAGCAUGUGCUCUUCAUGAAGGACGGAAAGCAGAUGCUAAGCUGUGCUGAGGAUAAGACGAUCCGUGUUUGGGAUAAGGCAUCAGGAAAGGAAGUACACAAGAUGGAAGUGGCCCACAACCCAACUAGCAUGGAAUUAUCUCCUGACGGCCAGACACUCACAGUCACUUAUGGCUCAAAAGUUGCGUUCCUCAACCCUGAAACUCUGGAGCAACAAAGGGAUGAGGUCACCAUUCCCACGGCUGUGUAUUCUGCCUCUCUUCACCCUGACCGUUCAGUGUUUAUUUGUGGAGGCGAAGAUUUCAAGAUGUACAAAUAUGACUACAGCACUAAUGUAGAGUUAGAAUCCUUCAAGGGUCACUUCGGACCUGUCCAUUGUGUACGGUUCAGUCCAGAUGGGGAACUCUAUGCCUCGGGGAGCGAAGAUGGCACUCUGCGACUUUGGCAGACAACAGUAGGCAAAACUUAUGGCCUCUGGAAGUGUGUAGAUGCCUCAUCUAAUGAAAUAAUCAAUACUCCUGCCAAACCAGAAGCUACUGCUUAAGUGUUGUUGUUUUUCUUCUUCUUCUACCACAAGUCUUGUACUAUAGUAAAUCCCUAAACCUGUCAGAAAGUUACAGAAUUUAACUUAAUUUAUUAUCUAGCUUUAAUAAACUUAAACAAGCUGGGAACUUCUCAUAAUAACAUAUAUUUUGUGUAAAAGACAAAGCAACUCGGUCCUUGUUGGAAGAAUGUGUUUCAGAUACGUAACUCAAGGAAAGCCUCAAGUAUUAGUUUCAGAAGAAAGAUGUUGAUCAGUUGGAAUUUUUUUCUGUGCCUUAAAUACAGCUAAGGCAUGUGUCAUCCUCAGUGAAGGAUGUAAAAGUGUUUGAGAUCGUGUGUGCCAGAAUAUAGUCUUUCAUCACUGAAUUGGUUGUAAUUUUAUGUAUUUAAAAAAAGGAAAAUUAUUAGAAAGCAUCAGCUGCAGUGUGCUUUCAAAACCUUUUGACCCAGUAUUCCCCUUUUUUUUGUAUCUUGCUUCCUGUAUUAGGUUUUAUUGUAAUUAGUCAAUAGUAUUUUGAAUGUUCUGAAGGUGUUACACACACUCCUGGUGCCUUAGUAACACUUGCAUGAGCUUGUCAAGGUCAUGCCUUUUUAUAGUUGAAGAAGAUUUGUCUCUUUAAGAAUAUCAGUCCUCCUGUAAUUUUUUUCAUUUGUAUUGGUAAUGUUUUACAGAUACCUGUUACUUUAUACCUAAACACAAUAGUUUUGUAUUAUUGUGAAAUGUACUUUGCCAUACCAGUGGUGUUGGGUUAGAUAUAAUGUGGAAUACCUUGAAGUAGGAAAACCUCUCUAUCUUUAUUUUAUAAGUGAAUCUCAAAAGUCUUCAAGAAAAAUAAAGAAAGUUAAAAAAAAGACAUUCCUAUGGCCAUGGUUGUACUUUUCAGUUUCUUUGUAUCUCGGAGGAUGUAAGCUCUCAUUCCCCACACUUGCAGCAAGACUCAGACCUGCUUAGUUAUAUGAUUAUUUUUAUAAUUGUUAUUAUUAUUAUUAUUAUUAUAACAACUAUUAUUACUAUUAUCAUUAUUGUUGUUCAUUGUUUAUUUUUUAUAUUAAAAUAAAAAAAAUAUCUUUUCUCUCCUUCCCCCUAGCAUUUAUGGUUUCAAAGAAAAAAAAAAAUGAGGGAGAGAAGGUGGAAGAGGGAGGGUAGGUCAGCAGGUCUCAAGGUCUCAAGGUCAAGGAAUGAGAGAAAGAGACCUUGGAAGAGAGCAGGUGGCAUGGUUAAUGUGAGAAGGGAGCAGGCCCCUGGAUCAUGUUCUGUGUACCUUGCGUAUGUAAAAGAGGAGUGAUGAGUAAACAUUAAAUUUGUUA